GGGACGGCUAUUAUUGUUGCCUGAGAGCUGCGAUAAUGGCGGUGUCUCGUCGCUCCUCGCAGCAGCAACAGCAAAGUACAUUACAGUCUCCGCCACGAAACAACUCCCUUUCGGCCGGUCCUCCGGGCUCGCCGCCGAUGGCUCUGUUGACUUCGGCUGUCGGAGCCGCGGAGAGUGAACGGGAAUGCAGCGGCGGAGCGGACCUGGCUCUGGCCUCCCCGGACCUGCCAGUGUCGGUCCUGCCGAGCAGUGCGAGCUCCACCACAACAACCUCUGGCGGGGGCAGCAGCGUCUCCAGCCCGGGCUCCGGAGCCGCCAGCCCCACCGACGGCAGCAGCGGCAUCGGCGGGGCCUUCAGGGAAUUGUUCGAAGCCUGUCGCAACGGAGAUGUCUCUCGAGUAAAGAGACUUGUAGACUCGGUAAAUGUAAACGCAAAGGACAUGGCCGGCCGAAAAUCAACCCCCCUUCAUUUCGCUGCGGGUUUUGGCAGAAAAGAUGUAGUGGAGCACCUCUUGCAGACAGGGGCCAAUGUGCACGCCAGGGAUGAUGGAGGCCUCAUUCCCCUGCAUAACGCCUGUUCGUUUGGCCACGCCGAAGUGGUCAGCCUGCUCCUGUGUCAGGGUGCAGACCCCAACGCCAGGGAUAACUGGAACUACACUCCAUUGCAUGAGGCUGCCAUCAAGGGCAAGAUAGAUGUGUGCAUUGUGUUACUCCAGCAUGGGGCUGAUCCGAACAUCCGCAACACUGAUGGCAAAUCUGCACUAGAUCUGGCUGACCCCUCAGCCAAGGCUGUGCUCACUGGUGAAUACAAGAAGGAUGAGCUCCUGGAAGCAGCAAGGAGUGGGAACGAAGAAAAGCUGAUGGCACUGCUGACUCCACUAAAUGUCAACUGUCAUGCCAGCGACGGCCGCAAGUCAACAUCCCAAAAAAUGCUGUCCACCCCUCUCCACCUGGCUGCUGGCUACAACCGCGUCCGCAUCGUUCAGCUCCUUCUUCAGCAUGGAGCGGACGUUCACGCCAAGGACAAAGGCGGCCUGGUUCCUCUUCAUAAUGCUUGCUCCUACGGUCACUUUGAGGUCACGGAGCUUCUGCUCAAACAUGGAGCUUGUGUGAAUGCCAUGGAUUUGUGGCAGUUCACUCCUCUCCACGAGGCGGCAUCUAAAAACCGAGUGGAAGUUUGUUCGUUACUGCUGAGCCACGGGGCUGACCCCACCCUGCUCAACUGCCACAGCAAGAGUGCAGUGGACAUGGCUCCCACCCCAGAGCUCAAAGAGAGGCUCACCUAUGAAUUCAAAGGUCACUCGCUGCUGCAGGCGGCCCGGGAGGCUGACAUGGCCAAAGUGAAGAAGACCCUGGCUCUGGAGAUCAUCAGCUUCAAACACCCUCAGACCAACGAGACAGCUCUGCACUGUGCUGUGGCUUCACCCCAUCCUAAGCGGAAACAGGUGACGGAGCUGCUGCUGCGUAAAGGUGCCAACAUCAAUGAGAAGAACAAAGACUUUAUGACUCCCCUGCAUGUUGCUGCUGAGAGAGCUCACAACGACAUCUUGGAGGUGCUGCAGAAGCAUGGAGCAAAGGUGAAUGCUGUCGACACACUGGGCCAGACGGCUCUCCACAGGGCGGCGUUGGCAGGUCACAUCCAGACCUGCAGGCUGCUGCUGAGCUACGGGGCCGACCCCUCCAUUGUGUCCCUGCAGGGCUUCACGGCCGCCCAGAUGGGCAACGAGGCUGUACAGCAGAUUCUCAAUGGUUUAGAAAAUGUUCCCACCCGGAAUUCUGAUGUUGACUAUCGUUUUCUGGAGGCGGCCAAAGCUGGAGAUCUGGACACAGUGCAGCAACUGUGCACUCCUCAGAACGUGAACUGCCGCGAUUUAGAGGGCCGCCACUCCACCCCUCUCCACUUUGCAGCUGGUUACAACCGAGUGGCUGUGGUGGAGUAUCUGCUGCACCAUGGAGCUGACGUCCAUGCUAAAGACAAGGGCGGCCUCGUUCCCCUCCACAAUGCCUGUUCCUACGGUCACUAUGAAGUGGCUGAGCUGCUGGUCAGACAUGGGGCCUCCGUGAAUGUGGCUGACCUGUGGAAGUUCACUCCACUGCACGAGGCUGCUGCCAAGGGCAAAUAUGAGAUCUGCAAACUGCUGCUCAAACACGGAGCAGACCCAACCAAGAAGAACCGUGAUGGCAACAUGCCACUGGACAUGGUGAAGGAUGGAGACACAGACAUCCAGGACCUCCUGAGGGGUGAUGCUGCCCUGCUGGAUGCUGCCAAGAAAGGCUGCCUGGCCCGUGUCCAAAAACUCUGCUCUCCAGAGAACAUCAACUGCAGAGACACCCAGGGACGCAACUCCACACCGCUGCACCUUGCAGCUGGCUACAACAACCUUGAGGUGGCAGAGUAUCUCCUAGAACAUGGAGCUGAUGUCAACGCUCAGGACAAAGGAGGCCUCAUCCCUCUCCACAACGCUGCCUCAUAUGGGCACGUUGACAUCGCAGCCCUGCUGAUCAAAUACAACACAUGUGUGAAUGCAACAGACAAAUGGGCAUUCACACCCCUGCAUGAGGCGGCGCAGAAGGGUCGCACCCAGCUGUGCGCCCUGCUGCUGGCCCAUGGAGCCGACCCCACCAUGAAGAACCAGGAGGGCCAGACUGCCUUGGACCUGGCCACGGCUGAUGACAUUCGCGCCCUGCUGAUGGAUGCCAUGCCGCCUGACGCCCUGCCCAGCUGCUUCAAGCCCCAGGCCACCGUGGUCAGCGCCUCAGUUAUCUCCCCUGCCUCCACACCCUCCUGCCUGUCAGCUGCCAGCAGCAUAGACAAUUUGGCGGGGCCACUAACCGAGCUGGCAGCCGCCGCUGCCGCCGGUGCUUCGGGAGUGGCAGAUGGAGCCACAGGGGCUGACCGCAAGGAAGGAGAGAUGGCAAUGCUGGACAUGAACAUCAGCCAGUUCCUGAAGAGUCUUGGCCUGGAGCACCUUAGGGACAUCUUCGAAAGGGAGCAGAUCACCCUGGAUGUGCUUGCUGACAUGGGCCAUGAGGAGCUGAAGGAGAUUGGGAUUAACGCCUAUGGGCACCGCCACAAGCUCAUCAAAGGUGUCGAGAGGCUGCUGGGCGGCCAACAAGGUGCCAACCCAUACCUGACAUUCCAUUGUGCCAACCAAGGCACCGUCCUCAUUGACCUUGCCCCAGAUGACAAAGAGUGCCAAUCUGUGGAGGAGGAGAUGCAGAGCACCAUCCGAGAGCACAGGGAUGGAGGCAACGCCGGCGGUGUGUUCAGCAGAUACCACAUCAUUAAGAUUCAGAAGGUGGUGAAUAAGAAGCUGCGGGAGCGUUACACCCACCGGCAGAAGGAGAUCGCAGACGAGAACCACAACCACCACAAUGAGCGCAUGUUGUUUCAUGGUUCUCCAUUCAUAAACGCCAUCAUCCACAAAGGCUUUGACGAGCGCCACGCCUACAUAGGAGGGAUGUUCGGAGCAGGGAUCUACUUUGCUGAAAACUCUUCCAAGAGCAACCAGUAUGUUUACGGCAUUGGAGGAGGCACUGGCUGCCCGACACACAAAGACCGAUCCUGUUACCUCUGCCACAGGCAGAUGCUGUUUUGCCGAGUGACCCUGGGGAAGUCGUUCUUACAGUUCAGUGCCAUGAAGAUGGCCCACGCCCCCCCAGGACACCACUCAGUGAUUGGGCGGCCCAGUGUCAAUGGCCUGGCCUAUGCCGAAUAUGUCAUCUACAGAGGAGAACAGGCCUACCCAGAGUACCUCAUCACCUACCAGAUCCUUAAACCAGAGAGCGCAGCCCAGUCAGCAGCAGGAGCCGAGCAGAAGUCCUAGUUACACGUAUACACACGCACGCACACUAUAUGCACACAAGGACAUUGAUCUUGUUGUUUGCUCCUUUUUAUUGAAAAAUGCCUAAAAAAUCAACCUCCUUGUAUUUACAACACACAGUUCCAUUCUUUAGUCCAGCAGAAUACACGGUGACCGAUGGAUCAUGAGCAAAUAUGCUGUAUAAUAAUCUCCUACUUGUGGUGACGACACAUCAGCUUAUGAUUAUUUGCAUUGCCUGCAUGUUAAUACAGACGCAUGUACGGCCCAAUAGCGUGUAUGGGUUCUUUCACUAUGCCCUCCCUCACCCGCCAGAAGGGAGGUCGCUUGUAGAGACUAUGCAGUGUCAGCGUUUUUAACAGUUUGCCACGCUUCAUCGCCUCAUCAUGCCUUGUGACUAUGGAGAAACACCACAGCCCCUAUGUACACACACUGUCAACCAAAGCCUGUAACCUGUGUACUAGUACUACUACUGCAACUACUGCCCCAUUUCUUGGUUCAUCCUGUAUAGAAUGGCCUCUGGUGACUGUGAUUUUAAUGCUAAACCUAUAACACUACCAAACAGGUAACAGUGCAUUGUUGCUAUGCUGUAAUUACGACUUUUCACUUGACUCUGACACAUUAUCCCAGGACACUAUGAUCAUUGUUUUGUAGUGGUUUUAUUCAGGAGUGGACAUGCUGAAUUUAAGAAAGGGCUCUCUGUCAAACUAUAGGAAUUGAGAGAGAGAGAGAGAGAGAGAGAGACUUUGUAUUCACCUAUGUGGACACAGUAUAUUAUUGAUUUGGUUGCGAGAAGAUGUGACCUGAGUAACACUUGGCUUAAAAUGCGCAGUGAGGCAUCCUAAAUACAUAAUUCUACACAUGUGGCCUAUUCUGCCAUUAAAUUCAUAAGGUAUAAUGACAUUUAUUGUGAUUCGGUAUGACUGUGCUAUAAGACAGUCAACUACAGCAUCGGUAUAAGUAAGACCUCAAAGUGUUAAAAAUGUGCUUGUCAUACCUUACAAUGCCUCAUGAGCAGCACCUUGAGCCAGGUGAAACUCAACGCGCCCUUCCCACGCCAUGGUCUUACUCACAGACAUCCCACGCAUAAGGAUUUGCACUUUUACAUAGAAACCUAUUUAAGUUAUUUUGAAAUUAAUUUGAAGAUGUUACGGGGAAAAAAUGUUUGUACAGGUUGUGUAAAUGGAUGUGUAUAACUGUUGUUGUUUAACAAUAUCUUUUUGAGUUAAGCUGUAAAUGAUGUCUAAAUUUCCUUCCAUGCCUUCUUGAUUCUCCCAACUUUUUUUUUUUUUUUUUUUUUUGAAUAAAUGUCCCAGUAACAGCA